AUGGGUUCCGAAACGUCGAAAUCGAAAAAACGGGCAACACAUCUCGCUGAAGAAGAAGUCCAACUAUUAUUAAAGAACACGCAUUUUAAUCGACAGCAAAUUAUGGAAUGGCAUCAAGGUUUUCUCAAAGACUGCCCAAAAGGCAAACUAGACAAGAAGAAGUUCAUCGAAGUCUACAAACAGUUUUACCCAAGUGGCAAAGCAGAUAAAUUUUGUUCACACGUGUUCAAAACUUUCGAUACUGAUAAUUCAGGAGAAAUCGACUUUGUCGAAUUUCUCAUCGCUAUAUCUGUAACAUCUCACGGAGACAUACGAGAAAAACUGAAUAUGGCAUUCAACAUAUAUCGAUAA